AACUUAUUUCAGUCAGUUUCCUACUUUGGAUAUUUUAUUAUGUGCUGACUGAUUCUGAUUGACGUGAAUAGAGGGGGUUUAAAAUCAACAAAAACUUGUUGAAAAAAAAAUAAAUGUAACGAUCCACAAAACAAAUUAUUAUAAACUUUAAUUCUAUUCACGUCUUUUCUACAGUCUAGUUUAUUUCAACAGAGGCAUAAUUUGGUUUUUCACAAUAGCACACUAAUUUCAUGAUAGAUAUGAUCUCGUCCGAAUCUACGUAUUACACAGCUCACCAAAUACAACAGGACAAAGCCAGCAAUCUUAGUCAUUGUGCAACGCCACCCAUUGUGUGGGGGAUUGUAUUCUUGCUGUGAUAUAUUAAGUCAGGUACACCUCUCCCUACAUUCUCUGUACUGUUGGUAUAUUGGCUAAUGUGUGCUCAGUGUGCAUUGCACACCGCACGUGACCACGUAUUUCCAGUUCCUUUCUUAGCUGCUUGAUGUUAAUUUGUGAGCAGUGAUCCGUACAUGUGAUGUAUGAGGCAUGAAUUUCAUCAAGUAGGAUUUUGUUUUUUCCCCGUUUGAUUUGCCAUGAUAGCGCAAAAUCGAAAUGCUUUCUUUACGUUGUAUGGAACAAAUAAAAUUAGGCGGAUGAGAGACUGUUUGGCUUUUAAACUUACUUUAGAGUAAGUUUGGCUGGGCUCGCAUCCGACUAGAGUUUUCUAAUAUACAACCUCCGUUUUCUCAAUUCUCAUGUAUCGGCUACUGUUCAUUUCUGGAGUGUCCGUUGGAGAAAGGAGUUAUUGUUAAUUGGUUAGAUUACCAUUUUUAGAGAACAUUACUCCUCGUUUGUAACUGCCUGAACUUUAAACUUGCGUUACCAAGUUUAGAAUGUUGAGUCGUUGAGGCAUAGUCCCUCACUAUACCUGCUUUUAGAGUACUAAAACUUACAUUUUACAGUUACACUGACAUCUUUUAUAACCAUAUUUCACAUUGUGUUACUCUUUUCAGUUGAGUUGGUUACACUGUUCAGUGUUUUGUUAUUAGCCUGGAUUGUUCACAUAUUGAUAUUGCGUAAUCACCUUUCAGUCAAUACAUAACCUCCCUCCCCUCCGUAAUCAGUUUUACACAUAGCUAUUGUGCUAAAAAUACACUAGCGUAAUUAUUUAGAAACCCCCUCCCCUCAGUGAUAACGUGAUAUGUGAGCGACCCCAUUUCUAGCCCUUUUGUCGAAUUAAAAUACAUCAAUUACUGGACAUUUAGUGACUCAACUAACAAGACUAAUUUAUUUUAGAGAAGACAGAUUUAGCAAAGAUAGACUAGCUCAUGCUAGGUAGAUAAUGUCAAAUCCCGUAACCCAGGAGUCCAAUGAAUCGGUAAGACCGCCUCAAGAAGCCAUAUCUCCCCGACCUCGGAGUACCGCCACCCAGCCCCCCAAGAAAGAGUUCUCAAUAUGGAAGGACUUCCUAUCACCCAUCUUCUGCUGCAGACCCCCGUGCUCUGCAUGCUGUUCUAAAGAGGGCUAUCAGGAGAUAGGCCCAGAGACAGCAGAAGAAAUGACCCAGAGAAUUCAAGAUUUACACUCGAUGUACGACCGACUAAACGAGCAGUUGCAAACAGUGCAGAGCAGCAGUGAGAUGCAGAGGAUACUCCAGGAGAGACUGGUGGAACAGGUCCACGAGCUCGACGAUCUGAUCAGUAACAACAAGAGUCAACUCUAUACUGAACUGCAGGAGCUAGCAGACAGAGAGGAAUACAACAGAGGUGAGUUGAGGGACGCCCUGUUGGGAUACCUGGAGGAGGACAGGCUGAAGGAGAUAGAGGACGUUCUUACAGGCCACUCCAACAACAGCGCCCAAAUGGUAGAGCAGAUAUUAUCAGUAAAGAGCCGAGUAAUUUGCUUUGAAGAAGAUGUCGUUGAAUUAACCAGAGCAAUUUCCAGCCAAGCUGAGAGUGUCGAGAAGUUGGAUGCGAGAAUUCUAACUUGUGAGAAUCGAGCGGGUAUCGGUGAAGAGGAGAAAGCUCUACUAUUAGAGGAAGUCAAACAGAAUUCAGUGUUGCUUAAAGAACAAGAGGACGCCACAUUGAAUAGAAUUUCCCAUCUGGAGUCUACCAACGAGCUACUGCUCGCUAAAUUUGAGAAUGGAGAGGACGGACAAAAACAAGUUGACUCUGCGUUUAUAACACGUCUAGCUGAAAACGACCGAGAACAAUCCUUGAUAAAGACGAAGCUGGGCUCAGUUGAGAGGAAGGUGGACACUCUGGCUACCCGGGGUUACGUGGACAAUCUUGUCAAGUCACUGGAGGAUGAUAGGAACCAGUUCAUCACUAAGUCAGUUGAGCGAACCACACUGUUCCACAUAGAGCAGAGCAAGAAGGAGCUAGCUCAGAAGCAGGCAUUGAGGAUUGGGGAGAUAGAGGGAAAGUUGGAGGGGCUGAGGGUGCUCGUUACUGGACUGGUGAAGUCAGUUGAAACCAGAGACUCAGAGCUUACUCAUAUGAAUAAAUCUUACUUUGACGAGCUACAGAGACAUGUUGAUGAUACUAGUGAGGAACUCAGACGAACUUUCGCCGAGUUUAAGGUUGUGAAGAGGAACUUUGAAGAGCAGCAUCGCAGAAUGUCGUCCCUGGAACGAACUUUAGAUAAAACAGGAGAUAUGACAGCAAUGGAGGAUGAUAUUCACGUGCUGGCAAAGAAACUAGAUCGUCUAGAGAACAGAGUGGAACAUGUGGUGGACAAAGUGGUCGAGCUGGGGGACAGAUCACCCAGUCCUGAACUGGACGAUCUGGCCAGACUCAAACGUGACCUUAGAAAAGGAACCAAGCCACUCAACCCCUCAAGUGCUCGACGACGAAACGACUCAAGUUUAAGUGAGGACACAAGUUUAUCAAGUUUAGCUGCUGACCAGAAUGUCACACCAGUGGACCCAGGAGCAGGAAGAAGGAAGCGCCAACUGAGUGGUCUUGGUGAUAAAUCAGCCCUCGCACAGUGAUCUUAUCAACCAACCGGCAACCGUCAUCAGCUUUAGCACCGUUCAGACGAGAGCACCGCCAUCCACCACCUUUAUUAUUUGAUUGUCACCUAUGCGAGGGCCGGGGAAUCCUCGCCAACCAUAGUGCAAAUAUCAGAUCCAGUUUACUAAAACCAUUACACAACGGUUUUGAUCGAAGAGACGGCUGGCGCCUUCUGGCAAGCAUCAUAGAGUUUAGUAGAUCAGUUUCUGUUUUCAAGGCCUAUAUUAGAGCAGUAUCAGUUUCUGUUUAUGUCGCUUUCUAUAAAUAGAUUCUCUGUCUCACACGGUUUGGGAUGGUAGUCAGUGUAAUAAGCGCCAAGCGCGAGCACAGAACUUUUUUUCUCCGAUUUCGAUAAAUUUGGUACCAAAAUUUGUCUAAAAAUGUGAAUAAAAUAAAUCCACCGUGUAGCAAUUUUCGCUAAAAAUGCUACACGGCGCUUGUUCGCCGCGCGUGCUUUUUUUGCGCAAAUUUUUAGUUUUUGGCCUAUAACUUUCACAUUUUCAGUUAUUAUCACAUAGGUAAUUAUUAUGGCAUCGUAAUCAGCUCAUCGAGACGAAACUUUUAGUACUAAUAUUUUAAGAUUUAAAGGAAAAUUAUUUUCAAAAUUUUUCAAUCUGAACAAAAGGAUCCCCCCUUGUGUGAAAUUUUGAACAAAUUUUUGAAAAAUUUGGUGCUUCAAAU